UUUACAUAAUUUAUAGACAUGGCAAUGAAAUGGCUAACCCUAGUGCUAACAUUGAUGGUCAUAUUUGAAGGGGAUUUGAUUAUGGCUAAUCUUAUGGAGGUGAAAUGCAUAAAACAUUGCAUGAAAGAUUGCAAAAAAGUUGGCAUUCCCUCUGCUUCCUGCCUCAAAUUCUGCCCACUUCACUGCAUUCCACCACCACCUAUGCUUUCAUCUGAAGUCCGCCAUUGCGAUGUUCGAUGCAUUCUUGAUCGUUGUCUUGACUACAAGAAUGAAGCAGAGAAACUUGAAGGUUGUGCAUCCAAAUGCAAGAACAAUAAUGAUUACUGCUAAGUGUGUUUUCCCAUCACAGGAAAUUACUACUUCAAUAAUGACAACUAUACUUCUAGUUUUUUGUUUCCGUUUAGUUCUCUUUUAGUAUAAUUUUAAUACAGAGUUUACAUAAUAAAUGUAGGGCCAUGAUAUGUAUAAGGUGGAAAAGUACUUAAUAAAAUAAUUAGUUUUCUUUA